CACUUCCUAUCCUACUGCAUCGCACCCAGCUUUCAAUAGCGCCUAUCUUCAGGCAGCAGCAAAAUUGACAGUGCAUGCAGGCGCCACUAGUCCUUCACUUCUUGGCAGCCUUGUUGCUUCGCCUGGGCACUUGUUCAAGGCGGUCUCAGCCGCAUAGCCUUGUGCGAGAUACUGGUCGGACGAAAAUCGUCUUACCUCUGUCGACAUUACUGACCCUCAAGGUGUUCAGCAUAAUCCCGGAAUUAAAUGGCCUCGGUAAUGAGCGGGUGGGGCAAUGUGUAAGAACCGGAGCGGAGGAGUCCCGUUUCUAACGCAGGCGCAGGAACGUAUAUUCCUCAGAGAGCCCUCGGCAAGCUACCGUGCCAGGUGCGUUCGAUUUCGCCAAACCUCCACCAGACGGAAUCCGUAAUCCAGAAGAACCAGAGAGCGACUCAGAUGUACCGAUGAGCAACCCCUUUGAACCUACAGAUACCGAUGAUCCGUCGCCUCCCACCAGACCUCCUGAUACAGAAAGCUUCGGUAUGAAGGCCGAAAUAUCAAUACGACAGCAAAUCUUGGAGGAACUUGAGGCGCUGAGAAAAGAGAGAGACCACUUGGAGAGCGAGCUCGGCGAAGCGAAGACCUGGAACCAAGAUAUGGACGACAUGCUUGACGAGAGGCAGAAAGAGCUUCAGCGCGAAGAGAAAAAGCGAGCACAUGCGGAGCGGCAGCUGCAAGAAUGCCGGAAGGAGCUACGUGAUCACAAGACACAGGCAACGCGCGUGCAGCGCGAGCUCGAACAAAGCACGCAUCAACUGAGUAAAAAGCUCGAGGAGAAGCAGAAAAGCGAGCAGAGAACCCUGAAGCAGCUCAACCAAGCCCGAGACCACAUUUUUAAACUCCAGCCUCGGCGCAUGGAUAUCACUGAAACCGAGGCCCAAGAACAAUUCGAGGACUUGUACAAUAGAAUUCACAGAUGGGUCACGAAUCGUCUCGAGGGCAUUCUCGAUGAAUUGGAGAGUGGUCAGUUACGGAACCGGCCUUUUGCAAAGCCCGGGGCGAAGCGAUUCCUGGGCUUAAACAGCGCGCGUGCGACGCAAAAUAUGUGGUGCGAUCAAUCCGACGAGUUCAUCGUGAUAGCAGCUAUUAUGCGGUUCCUCUGCCGGGCGUUCUUCAACCAGAGCUUUUACUGUCCGCUGCGAAGGCAGGGCGAGGAAAGCGAUGCCGCGCAUACCAUCGACCGAAUCGAAGCGGCUAUGAGAGGUGUUCCGAGGGACGCCGCGAACUGUCGCGACUGGCGUGUCGAAGCACUGACAGCCCUCGUCCACGAGCCCGGCUUCAUCGAGCACCGUGCAAACCACGACCGCCAGAAAACAGAGGAACUCCUAACUGUACUACAGCCUCUGGUUCCGAGGACGGAUGUCCAGGAACUCCGCGAAUCGAUUGGGAAGAACAUUGUGCGACCGGCUAUGGACCUAGCCCACCGCUUCCAAUUGGCAGCAACUAUUUUCUCGGUCCGAUGGACGCAAUUCGAUGACGACCUCCACUGCGGAACGAUCACUUCGGCUCGAUACGACAUGUCCUGCUUCACAUCUCUGAAUGUCUUCCUAGGCGGGAAAAUUGUCGAACCCGCACCCGGGGGACAUGCCUCAGAAAACAGUCUACAUAUGAUGACGUACCUCUUCGACGUCGCGCCAGGCUUGUAUUCGCAGGCCGUUGAUAGCAAGAACCCGACCAGUCUAAGGAAUAUAUGCAAGCCGAAGGUGCUUGUCACGGUCGGGGAGGGAGCCCUUGUUCCUCCGAAUGAGGGCCCAACGCUCUUGCAGUGGAUCCAGUCGGAGUCUGAACGGGACGAGACAGCGCCUGUGGGCGCUUUGAAGGACGUGAGAGUGGAUGAAGAGAAGAGGCAUGGGAAGAGGAAGUUGGGGAAGCCGGACAGGAGUAAAUGGGGUUUUAUGGGAGGCUCACGGAGGGGUGCGGGAUAGAGUGUUUUGUGGCGAUGAGUAGGCCACAUGGAUUCCGUUCAACUUAAAAGCGAUGUCAUUUCCGCUCUUUUCUUGAGAUUUCCAUCGUUGCGGCGUUUAUGAAUCAAAGAAUGGCCCCAUAGUGAGCUUUCAUCACAAUGCAUCGGCUUGUGCGGGACUCAGAAC